AUGGAUGACGCAGCACACCAAAUGUACCUGGGCAUCUUCAUUGCCGCGCUGGGCGCGUACUGGGUCAUGUUUGCAGCAAUAGAGCGAAUCAUUAAGCUCGUCCAUCCGGUAUGGUACGAGAAGCACAAGUCUGGAGAGCUCCGGUAUAAGAUGCUCUUCUUCGUCAUCAUCAUGAUCCUCCGCGCAACAUUCGGCACGCUCGUCGUGCUGCCUUCAUGCAUCAUGGCCGCCCGCGAAACGCCAUGGGAGCUCGGCCAGACAAUGACGCCGGCAGGCCACGUCUGUGUUAUUGGCCAGAUCGUCCCAUGGGCUAGCGAGUUGCUCAUCACCUACGAGAAUUCAACCGAGCUGUAUCUGCACCACGUCUAUUGUACAGUCAUCUACUUCAACACGGUGGCGGCGCCCAACGUCCACAUGAUCAAGGCCCUCUACGUUCAGACGGCUACACAGCUCGGCGAUAUCUGCCUGAGUACCCACAGCCUUGGGAAGCACCUGGGCUACAACCUGAAGACAUCGCGUGUCCUCUACUAUAACAGGCUUAUCCAGAUAGCUAGUUCCAUGACUAUCAAGGUAACCCUCAUGUUUUAUGCCCUUGGCCGUAUUAUCUUGACCCCUUAUACCAUGUGGGACCUGAUCCGCGCCACCUGCCUACUCUUCCUCGCCUUCUACACCAUUCGGACCCAGAUUGUCAGCUUCGUCUGUGCCAAGAUUGCCCUUCAGCCCUCUACAGGCCCUGUCGGCCUCUUGUUCCAGCGCACGGGCUUCUUCGUCUCACGCUUCAACAUUACCCUCGCUGCAUCUAUAGUCACCGCCAUUGUCGCCAAGGUCCUGCUCUAUGCCGCCAACCUCAGCCACCCCCUGGGCGAGAGGGAGUAUGUGCGUGCCUGGGUCGAGAGCAUCACGUCCAUUACAGUUAUUUACCUCCUCAUCAGCCUCAGUAAUAUGCUGUGGAAGCGUUUCCUCAACGGCGAGCAGGUCCUGGCCGAGGGCUACCGCUCCGUUAAGAGGGGCGAGCUGUUCCUCCGCCUGGGCUCUGCACUGACGGCCCUUCUUAUCCACAGCCGCCACAGUGGCAACCUCAUGGCCAGGCACGUGGGGCUUUCCAGCCAGGCCCUGUCCACCGCUGUCGUCUUCACCUUCCUGGGCUGGGACCUCCUUAUGCGCUUCGCUAUUUAUUCAUCCGUCGGGGGCGAGACGAGGGGCAUGGAGGCCAAGGACGAGUCCGCCGAGGCCAAGAUUGCCAGUGGCCUCGCGCCCCGGAAGUCGCCCAAGACCAUCGCCGACAAUGCCGUCGCGGCACCCCACCUGCGUAUGAUCUGGGUCGACUUCAUCAUCAUCACCGCCGGCCUCUACCUGCCCGCCCGCUUCUCCGCGCUCGAGAAGAGCUACACCCUGUUCCUCGCCCACGCCGUUAUCCAGGUCCUCGGUGAGAUGUCGUCCUUCUGGGGUAAGGGCGGCAUUGGCGGCCUCAUGUUCGCCGGCAGUCCCGCGCGCCGCUUCGCCUCGCUCAAGCUGGUCUUGGCCGCGGGGCAGAACCUGGCCGCCUUCAGCGUGUGCAGGCAGCUCUUCCGGGGGCGCGAGCAGGAGGUGCUCUGGGUGUCCCUUGCCGUCGCCCUCUUCUCGCGCCUCUCCAGCUUCGUCGUCGUCCCCGCCCCCCGGACCGAGGUAGGCGUCAAGGCCGAGCACGGCGCCGCGCCCCGGGGCCCUCCCACCCUCCGGAGGCGUCUCGCCCGGGCCCUCAAGGCUAUCUUUACCUCGGGCGAGGUCUACUCCGUCAUGGUUAUCACCAUCAUCCAGCUCCUCUCCCUCCGCGAGAUCAUGAGGGGCAACCAGCCCAAGCCCGAGACGCCCGUCGGCUUCGAGAACUUCAGGACCGUCCUCAAGGGUAACAUGGGCGUCUUUACCAAUGUCAUUGCCGCGACGCUCAUCACCACGAGCAUCGCUCUUCCCUGCGGCGCGGAACGUCGCGGUGCUUAA